AUGCCAGCCACUCGGUCCAGUAAAGACUUGUCAAAGCAUACUGCUUUGUUGAGAAAUUUCCUUCAGGCGACUUGGAAUGCCUUGUGUAGCAGCAGCAGCAAAGGAUUUCUAGAGGCACUCAAAACUUGGAUCUGGGGGGAAGAGACUGAACGCCAGCAACAUAUUUCACGCGCCGGUUGGAGGCACGCUAUCACUCAUUGUGGUGUGCACAUCCUCCCAGUUCUGGCGGUUAUUACGCUUUCUUGCUUCAAUCUCGUUGGGUUCUUCAUCGGUGGCAUCCUCCAAGGCCUCGUCGAUGAAACUGCUCAAACGAUUGACCUCUUAUGUCUUCAGGUCACCGCGAAACUACUCGAGCUGCUCAUCAUAGCAUCACUAGGCGUCAUUAUCAUGGACGUCGUUCGAAGUCAGUUGCUUGCUGGCGACGAAGGCAUACCUCUCGGCCUUCUUACCGCCAAGUUUCGCUUCAUAGACAUAAGCUACCUGGUGUCGCACGAUUUUCGUGCCGGUACUUUGGGAUUUCAGAGCCUCCGCCUCCGCCUGUCAUUCAUGCUUCUAAUUGGCACAUCGGCGCUGAUAUCUGUUUUUGCGGGACCAUCGACUGCGCUAUUGCUUAUACCAACCUGGCACGAAGCCUGGCCCGCUGGUAGCUCUAAGUUCUGGAUCAACGGAGAUCUUCAGCCGUCUAUGGUUGAUAGGUCGUCGUCCUGGGAUCCUAUUUGUUCCGACCCCACAAUGAUUACGGGUCAAACGAGUUCAAUCAACUCUUCCGUGGCAUCCUGUAUCUGGGCAGGCUAUCCGUAUCUGGCCGAGGCUUUCAGGCAAAGAGCCACAAGCGGUGAGCGCACCCUCUCAUACAGCGACGGUUCGUUCAGACGUGACAUAACCCUCAAUUGGGGAGUGCCAGAUUCAGAUACUCCGAGUGUCUGGCUAGACACCGCGAGAGUGGCCGCCUACGCAAGCAAUUUAGCCAUUGGGGCCUUUUCACAAUACAUGAGCCAAGAGUGGUGCACGGCGCUUUUUCACGCUCGAGAAACAGGCGCUGGAAAGCUCUUAUCAAACCUCAGAUAUCGCGCCUUCAACAGCACAAAAGGAAGCGUCAAGGGCCAGGUCCCUGUGACUCGCGCACAAUGCUUCGAAGCCGACAAUUAUCUCCCAGAACCAGUGUUGCGAAACGAACAGCCCCAAGGGCAGGUCUUGCUGCCUUUCCCAAUUAUUCCCAACUUCUCCGGGCGUCGCGACCUUCGAUACUAUAUUCCUGUUCGAUAUCUUAACACAUCUGAGUUGGUUACUCACUGGAUCUCGAUACCGACUGGUUUCUCACAAACUAAUUAUGGCGAGCAAAUAAAUCGAUACCCAAGUGGAUUUCUUGUCAUCCAGAACUACAACUUUGGCUACAGGAGGUCAGCGAUCACAUGUUCAGUACACGCAGACUGGGUGUCAGGCACCAACGUGGCCAGUGGACUUUGCUGGGGUCAGCAACGUUCCAUUCAGCAACGCGCCGUAUUGGACGAUGUGGAUUCAAUAGAUUUGUGGAGUAUCACAAGCCAACAAACUCCAGACCGGCCUGUGUUCAACGCAGCCAAUGGUUGGCACAAGAUCAACACAACCACGAAUUGGCUCGAGAGCUUGACGCCCAAAAUCCAAGGAAGUUCGACAAAUCAAACCACCCUGGCUUCUGUUAUAGAGCAGACACAAUCUCGCGACGGCGAAUCAGGAGCAGUUGGACAAGUGAAGUUGGAUCGUUUUAUUACAAUAAGCGCGAUGGUAGCUAGUUUCGUAUCAGACGGUCUUUCCCGUAUCGGCUACACCGAAAACUACGCAGACGAUGUUAAUGAGGAUAGAAUAUGCAACGGCGAUAGCCCAUCAUGCCCAUGGAACUGGGACCGAUGGACAUGGUCGCAGAUCUGGAGCGACCUCAUUCGAGGCAGGGCAGAGCUACACCCCGACGAGACACAUCGCCAGCCUGGCAAGAGCUACAUCUGGUAUGCGACCGUUGCAGGUUACGGAAUCAGGGCGACAAGCACAGCAUACUAUCUCGCGCUCACUGUUCUCUAUAUAUACCUCGUCCUUGUAAUCACUCACGUUGCAUACAUCUUUAGUAAGAAGGGACAGACCAGCGAUUCGUGGUCUUCUCUUACGGAUCUCCUCGUCCUUAGCCAGACGUCACCAGCGCCACAGGGUCUCCAGAACACAUCCUCGGGGGUGAAAAGCCACGCAACUAUGAAGUUGAAGAUGCGAGUGAAGGCCAACAACACGGUGCCGAUAGGAAAAGAGAAGUUGCAGUUGCUGGUCGGAUCAGAUGGCCUGGCUCCAAGUCUUAAGAGAGUCACGCCAGAAGAAAAGUACGGUGCCCAGACCUGA